AUGGCUGAAGAUAGUACGGUGUUGAGUUCCGCACACCAAUGCAAAAACAGCGGAACAUUCUUAGCACCAUGUGAAUACGCUCGUUACUUUUUGAUGAAUCUGACAAACCCAAACGUACCUAAUACCUCAUUUACCCACGUAUCUCCAUUUCUGAUACAUAAGGCUCUUCUUUCCAUUCUGGGAGAAGUUGCCUCAGUAAAAAAGCUACGCUCUGGUGACCUCUUAGUUGAAGUCUCCUCUGCAAAACAGGCAACUAUUCUGUCAACAUGCACCACCAUGUGUUCAUUUAAUAUAACAGUAACACCUCAUAGAUCUUUAAACACCUCUCGUGGCGUCAUAUCAGAAACAGAAUUUAUAAAUGACACAGAAGACAUGAUAUUAGAUAACCUUCAAUCUCAAAACGUUACAUCUGUUAGAAGGAUUAAGAUUCGCAGGGAUGGUAAACUCAUCCCUACGAAGCACCUUAUCCUCACUUUUGCGUCUGCUAAAUUACCGACUGAAAUUAAAAUGGCUUGGAUUAACUGCCCGGUUCGGCCUUAUAUCCCAAAUCCUUUACGUUGUUACCAAUGUCAAAGGUUUGGGCAUUCGAAAACAUCUUGCCGAGGUCGACCGGUGUGUGCCCAUUGCUCUAGUACAGAGCAUGAAGACACUUCUUGCGAGCUGCCACCUCUUUGUGUCAACUGCAAGGGUGAUCACGCAGCUUACGCCAGAAGUUGUCCAAAAUGGUCACAAGAAAAGGAAAUUCAGUCAAUUAAAGUAUUACAAAACUUAACAUUCAACGAAGCUCGCAGAAUAGUUACGGCCCGCACUCCCCGUCCGGGUGUGUCCUAUUCAGCAGCAGCUAAAACUUCAUAUCGCACAGUAAGUACGCAGACAGAUUCCUCAAUAUCAUCUACCCCACAACAAACAAAACAAAAUCCAAAAUUUAAUUUUACCGGACCAUCUACCUCUCACAGAUCUGUAUCCAAAUCUCCACCUCCAAAAACAUCUCGAAUGACAUCCCCAGAAAAGCCUCGUCCUGCUUUAAAGCAGCGUCCGAAUAUAAAGUUGCCACCUAGCCUAAAACCAGGUAUUCCUAAAAAGAAUAAAGACCCAAAAUUCAUACAAAUCGCUAAAAAGUCCACUUCAGAUAUCUUGCAGAAGAUGGACACAGAAAUAACACUACAUCCAUCGGAUGACGAAUCGGUUUUCGACGACCCACCGAUGGAUGUUACGUCUAAAUCAAAAUUUAAAUCCAAAAGUUAA